GAUGGGAGCCAUGAAGUUGGUGUUGUCCUUGCUGACCGUGGCUUACCUGCUGCACACAGCUGCCACACUGAGGAUCAGUGCUUUUAACAUCCGGACGUGUGGAGACACUAAGUUGUCCAAUGAGACCAUUGCAGGAAUUAUUGUCAAUAUAUUGUCAAUGUAUGACCUCAUUGUGGUGCAGGAGGUCCGGGACUCUGACCUCAGUGCUGUGAAGAAACUGAUGAACAAGCUCAACAGAAUGUCACCGCAUCUAUACAGCUAUGUGGUCAGCCUACCCCUGGGGAGAACCUCCUACAAGGAACAGUACCUCUUCAUUUACAGGACAGGGAUGAUGUCUGUUGUGGACAGUUACUAUUAUGAAGACGGCUGUGAGUCCUGUAUGAAUGACACCUUCAGCAGAGAGCCCUUCAUCGUGAAGUUCUCUUCUCCUCACACAGAGGUGAAGGAAUUUGUGCUGGUGCCUCUGCAUGCGUCCCCCAAUGAGGCUGCUGCAGAGAUUGAUGCCCUCUACGAUGUCUACUUAGAUGUCAUCAGCAAGUGGGCGACAGAUAAUAUUCUCUUCCUGGGAGACUUCAAUGCUGGCUGCUCCUAUGUCAGCCCUGAGGACUGGGCCUCCAUCCGCCUGCGCACCAACAGAGCGUUCCAGUGGCUCAUUCCUGACAGUGCUGACACCACUGUGUCACACACUGUCUGUGCCUAUGACCGGAUUGUUGCAAGUGGCUCUGAGAUGAAAAGCUGUCUGAUUCCUGAGACUGCCCAUGUCAACAACUUCCAAAGGGCUUUCAACCUGCAGUACAAGGAUGCCCUGGCAGUCAGCGACCAUUUCCCUGUGGAGGUGACCCUGAGGUCUUUCUGA